AGAAACACAUCAAAGAGCACCACGAGGAGGUUCGGGAGAGGCCCUGCCCUCAUCCCGGCUGCAACAAGGUGUUCAUGAUCGACCGGUACCUACAGCGUCACGUGAAACUCAUCCAUACAGAGGUACGGAACUACAUCUGUGACGAAUGCGGGCAGACCUUUAAGCAACGCAAACACCUCUCGGUCCACCAGAUGCGGCACUCGGGAGCAAAGCCCCUCCAGUGUGAAAUCUGUGGUUUCCAGUGCAGGCAGCGAGCGUCGCUCAAGUACCACAUGACCAAACACAAAGCCGAGACGGAGCUGGAGUUUGCCUGCGACCAGUGUGGGAAGCGCUUCGAGAAGGCCCAUAACCUUAAUGUCCACAUGUCCAUGGUGCACCCUCUGACCCAGACUCAGGACAAAGCCAAGCCACUGGAGCCAGAGCCCCUUCUCCUCCUAAAUACUUCAGGGACUUCAGAAAGCCAGGCGGUAAAGCCAGAAGUGACUGCACAGCAGGAGCCCACCUGAGGGGGACGGGGAAGCUUGCCCAGUCCAGCCCUAUAGAAGUGGAGAUUUUUAAUCUACGUUUUAGUCUCCCCGCCCCCCACCCCCCAAAAAAAAACCAAACUCAGUGGAAUUAGCUUCAGCUUGCUCAGAAAAAGCUUGUUACCAUGCUGUGAUUCUCCAUGCUCACGUCUGAUUCAGCAGUGUUGUACUAAGAGUCUGUCUAAUCCCGGGGGGAUGGAUGUUCGGCAGCACCCCUUCGUGGUUCCCCCUUCUCCCCACGCGCACAGGUGUAGAAACAACGUUGGCCACAACUGUCCCCUGCCUGCACAAGCUGCUGCCUGUACAGAAGGGCCCUCGGGGGCCUCUGAGGGUACAGAGGACAGAGGAGCAACUACUUUGUUUUGGGGGAGGGAAAAAAAAAAAAAAAAAAAAAUUAUGAUUCCCAAAGCAAGUCUAAACUGAAAUUUGUAACCUACUUUUUAUUGUAACAAGAGCUUCAUGGUUAUGCUUGUAAUAAAUUAUUUACAAAGU